AUGGAUAGAGUAUUGUACUGGAAUGUAAGAGGCCUCAACAACAUUAAGAAGCAGAAUGAUGUGAGGCAAUACAUUCAUAAGACUGUUGUUGGUGUUGUGGGUCUCUUAGAAGCAAAGAGUUCAGGUAACUACUUUACCUGGAAUAAUAAGCAACAAGGUAACAGUCGAGUCUUUUCCAAGCUUGAUAGAAUGCUUGCAAAUCAAGCUUGGAUGAACAUCUUUACAUCUGCAGAGGUAUCAUUUCAUAAUGAAGGGGAGUUUGAUCAUUCUCUUGCCUUGUUAACGAUAUAUCCUAUGGAUUUUGGUGGCAAAAAACCAUUUAAAUACUUUACCAUGUGGAAAACUUCUGCAAAAUUUAAAGAUAUUGUGAGAAAUGCUUGGAGUUUGGACAUUCAGAGAACCAAAAUGUUCAAGUUAAUGAAGAAAUUGAAGGUUAACAAGGAUGGUUUGAACAAAUUGAGUAAGAAGGACUCCUAG